AUGCCGACAAUCUCACCAGCAAAGAUAGUCAGUCAGCAUUCGUAUCGAGUGGCAGGCAAACUUCAGGUUACGGAACACUUCUUCGACGUCCCAAAAGACUAUAACCACCCAUCAUCUGGCACACUUCGCAUCUUCGCACGUUCCGUCCGUAAGCAUGAUCUCGGAAUCGUCAAAGAUGCCUCGCCUGAAAAGGAUCAAUUACCAUGGAUGUGCUGGCUCCAAGGCGGUCCUGGCAUGGAGUGCCGAGCACCUCAGCAAUAUCCAUGGACGCACCCCGUACUCGACCGAGGCUACCAGAUGCUCUACCUUGAUCAACGAGGUGUGGGACUAAGCUCACCUGUUACCGCAAGCACGUUACAGAUGCGAGGUGACACUGACGUCCAGGCCAAGUAUCUCAAGCUAUACCGUGCAGACUCCAUAGUCAAGGACUGUGAAGCCAUCCGCCAGGCUCUGACGGCGGACUACCCCGAGGAAAAGAAGAGGUGGAGUAUCAUGGGCCAGUCUUUUGGCGGCUUCUGCAGCCUGACCUACCUCUCGUUUCACCCCGAAGGGCUCAGAGAGUCUUUCAUUUUCGGCGGACUCGCACCGAUUUCCGUUAGGGAUCCAGACGAGGUCUACCGGCGUCUGUACAAGCAGGUCAUUCGACGUAAUGAGGCCUACUACGACAAGUUUCCAGAAGAUGUGGCAAGAGUGAAGACAGUCAUGAAGUACCUUUCUCGCUUCGGAGAUGGCAAGAUCAGACUACCGUCGGAAGGCACGCUUACUCGACGGCGCUUUCAGCAGAUGGGCAUUCUGUUCGGCGCACAUGGAGGUCUAGACAUGGUGCAUGACAUCGUCCUCCGUGCAGCUAACGACAUCGGGAGCUUCGGUCAUCUAACACGGGGAACGCUAACAGCAAUUGACCACAGCGUCGGAUACGAUGAGCAUUUGAUAUACUCUAUACUGCAUGAGCCAAUCUACUGCCAAGGGCAAGCACCCAAAUGGUCUGCACAUCGCAUACUCUCAGAAUACGAGCAGGCGUUCAGCCUUGACAAGGAUGAAGGUCAACCGAUCUUUCUCACAGGCGAGAUGAUUUAUCCAUGGAUGUUCGAGGACUACAGCGAACUUCGCAAGGUGCAGGAUGCUGCUGAAAAGGUCGCCGCGGACGACAAUUGGAGUCCUCUCUACGAUGCGGAACAGCUGAGUCGCAACGAGGUGCCAGUAUAUGCUGCGGCAUAUGUUGAAGACAUGUAUGUUGACUUCGAUAUGAGCAUGGAGACAGCACGAAAGGUGAAGGGCUGUAAGGUGUUUACGACGAAUGUGAUGUUCCAUGAUGCGAUCCGCAGUAAGAUGGAGGAAGUUGUCAAGCAAGCUUUUGCGCUUCGCGACGAUGUCGUCGAUUAA